AUGUCCGACCUCGCAGGUUUCCCUGACUAUUUCAACCUCACCGGCAAAGUCGCCCUGGUGACUGGAGGAUCGCGCGGUCUCGGCCUGCACGUCGCGACUUCUCUGCUGCGAGCCGGCGCAAAGACCGUCUUCAUAACCGCUCGCAAAGCUCCUGGUGUAAACGAGGCAGCCGACAAACUAAACGCUCUCCCGGGCGUCAAGGGCAAAGCAAUCGGCAUCGCCGGCAAUGCGUCUCAGACAGACGAGAUCCAGGCGCUGGUCGACCAGGUGAAGAAGGUCGAAUCCAAGCUCGACAUUCUUGUCGCAAAUGCCGGCGCAACAUGGGGCGGGCCAUUCGAGACAUCUCCAGACUGGGCGAGCCAGAAGGUCGUGGAUUUAAAUGUCCGCGGUGUCUUCAACCUCGUGCGAUUAUUCACUCCCCUCCUCAAGGAAGCAGGAUCGCAUUCCUCUCCCUCGCGCGUCGUCAUCGUCAGCUCCGUCGCCGGGUCUAGCGUGCCUCAUACUGGCGACCACGGUACAAUCAUGUACUCCAUCUCCAAGGCCGCCGCGACCCAUCUGGCUCGGAACCUCGCUGUUGAGCUCGGACCCAAGAAUAUUACUGCUAAUAGUCUGUCGCCGGGAUUCUUCCCGUCCAAACUAGCCAGUGGUCUUAUUGAGAUCCUCGGGGGGGAGGAGGAGCUCAAAAAGUCGAACCCGAGACAGCGACUGGGCGUGCCUGACGAUAUUGGCGCGGCCGUAUUGUUCCUCGUUAGCCCGGGUGCGAACUACGUUAAUGGGGUUGAUUUGACGGUCGACGGAGGCUCGCGUCUCGCCCGGGAAAAGCUGUAG